CCAGUUGGGUUUGCGACACGACGUGCGUUGGACGCGCCUUGCAUUCGCCCGUUCUCUAAUUCUCAGUGAUUUGACUCCCCUACCUUUCAUUCCUUAAGUGUCCUCUCCAUUUCUUCAUUUUUUCCCUUUUUUUAGCGAUCAGACAUUUUGAAUUCUAAGGUGGUCAAAGCUUAAAAAUUGUGGAAAUUGGUGAUCCUUCGGCAAAGUGAACUGAUUGAAAGCUAAUAAAAGAUAAUCAAAAAGUGAAGUGAGAAAGCAAAGAAGAAAAAAUUGCAACAUCAGUGAUUGUUCUAGUGCACAUGGAUAUUUGGCCUUUAGGGCCGGGGAAGCAUCAUCUUGUCACACCAGUUAUAGCUCCAGGUGAAAACCGAGGAUGAGGACUAUGUUUCGGUCGGUGAACAUCUUCUCGAUCCUGAUGCUGGCCGCUGUGGUGGCUCCUCUGGUGCGAGCAACCAACAACACGACCAACUCAACUGAAAGGAAAUACCCCAAAGAGUUGUACCGGCUCAUCCAAGAUCGAUUGCAGACCAAUCGGCGGCCACUGGAGCAUGAAGGGGCAUGGAGCGAAUGGACUUCGUGGACGCCGUGUUCGAGGACUUGCGGUGGUGGAGUUUCCGCUCAGAUGCGCCACUGCCGCACACUUCGUUCCAGGCGAUCCGUAACGAGAUCACCAUUGAGGAAUAGACGGAGAGCGAGCGACAGCAGCGACGAUCUCAACCACUUGAAUGCGCUCGAUACGACGACAGCCAUCAGCGCCAACAGCAGUAGUCGGACAACAGGAUGUGUCGGCCUCUACAAACGCUAUCACAUGUGCAACACACAGGAAUGUCCGGCUAGAACACCCGACUUUCGUCAAGCUCAAUGUGAAUCGUACAACGGCAAGCAAUUCAUGGGCCGCUACUACAUUUGGGAAGCCUACUGGGAUGCCGAGAAUCCCUGCGAGCUGAACUGUCGGGCCUUAACGUUCCGUUUCUACGCUCUGCUCAACAAAACCGUCAUCGAUGGGACACUGUGCCGGCCAAAUGACCCGUCCCGCGUCUGCGUCGCCGGAUCGUGCAAGACGAUCGGCUGCGAUGGGAUCGUGGGCUCGGAGAAGCGGCCGGAUGCCUGCGGAGUGUGCGGCGGCAGCAAUUCCACUUGCCAGAUCGUCUCGGGCAUCUUCACGGAGCCGCAGCUGCCGCCCGGCUACAACCUGGUGGCCCAGUUGCCCAAAGGCGCCUGCCACGUCAACAUCACCGAAUUCAAACCCAGUCGCAACUAUCUAGCUCUAAGGCGUUCCGAUGGCACAUUCGUCUUCAAUGGUAAUUGGGCCAUCAACUGGUCAGGCGAGUAUCAGGCAGCCGGCACCACGUUCACCUAUCGGCGCCAAGACGCGUCCACUCCCGAGCUGAUAACCACACAAGGACCAUUGACCGAGCCCAUCGAUAUCAUGGUGAUUUACCAACAAAUCAACCCCGGUAUCAAGUACGAGUACAUGCUACCUUUGGGAGUGGCCAACAAUAAUCUUGUGCCACGCCCUAGUAAUUCACCAACACCUACGGUACCGGCCACGUCUUUCGGCCAAAGCGAUUUGCUGAACAGCGGUCCGGCAGUGUCAUCAGCUAAUGUUCCAGCUGGGCGAUAUCAACUAGAUGGAGCGUCCGGCUCGCCUAUUUCACCUGGUGGCACGAACUUUUUUGGCGCUAACCCACCACCGCAGCAGCCGCCGCCGCCACGCAGCCUCGGCUCCGAAGGUGGAUUAUUUCAAACGAUUCAACAAGGUUCUUCCGCCGGAUUAGGUGGAAUCCAUCAACAAGUUCCAGCAUCCGGACCGUCGAAUUAUCCGGCCAGCAGUGGCAACUACCCUGCCUCGCUCAGUUCCAGCGGCAGUUUGGCUACGUUGGGCAUUGCCGUACCCUCCAACUUUGAUGGUUCUUCUUCCGCCUCGUCUGACCACGCCAACACCAAUCAAGCUUCUGCAUCCAGCGGAGACGGUAGGAGCGAUACGGUUGUCCAAGCACCUGCUGUCCUGCACAACAAAGAAACGGGACGAUCAUCACAUCAUGGUGGCCGGACAUCGAAUAAACGGCGCCAGCACGGACACAGAAUUCACAACAAGCAGAGCGGAGGAGGAGCGGCUGGAACAAGUUCAUCUGCGCCGGGCGAACAAGGCAAACUCGGCUCUCCGGAGCUGCAGGCGAUCGACCCCAACGCUCCGACGCCGCCACCUCACCGACGCGGACCACGUCGCCAUUCCAACGGCAAGAGCUUUGUCUGGAAACAAGUGGGAUUCUCGGAAUGUUCCAAGACUUGCGGAGGAGGUGUGCAACAAGCGCUGAUUGUUUGCGUCAGAGACAGAGAUCAAGUGCCUGUGGCCGAUCAUCGUUGCAAAGAAGAAGAUAGACCACCGUCGGAGACUGUCCGAUGCGGCCCCAAACCGUGUCCAGCCGAAUGGGUGCUGGGCGAAUGGACCUCGUGCAGCGCGACGUGCGGCGACGGAAUCCAGACGCGCGAUCUGACCUGCAAGCAAGAGAUCUCCGCCACGUUGACGAUGAGAGUCAACGAGGCCGCUUGCCUCAAUGCAGCUCCGUCGGUUCCCAGGGUACGCAAUUGCAAUCUGGGCAACUGCGCCAAAUGGCACACCUCCGAAUGGGGAAAAUGCACGACCAGUUGCGGCAAAGGCAUGAGACACCGACGCGUUUUCUGCCAGGGUUUUGACGGCCGAGACGUCGGCGAAUCUGACUGUUCGUCAGCUGAAAGACCGGCCAGCAGCGAUAUUUGCGAUAUGGGCUCUUGCACGGCAAACACCUGGUUCUUUACCGAAUGGUCCGGCCAGUGCUCGGAAGAAUGCGGCACUGGCAUUCAAACGCGCAAAGCUCACUGUUCUAGCAACAGUGAAAUGGAUUGCGAUGUUAGCAAGAAGCCCGACACAUCCAGGACGUGUGUUUCAGCGAAAGAUUGCAGCGGGAAGUGGUUUGCUGGACCUUGGUCUCAGUGUUCGGCAACUUGCGAUGAAGGAACCCAAACUCGGGAGGUCAUCUGUCUGACGUUUAUGAGAGGUCAAUAUCGCGUAGGACUUGAUAUGCAAUGCCCGGCUCGCGAUAAACCCAAUAACACAGCCCCAUGCAACUUGGGCAAAUGCCUUCCGCAGUGGUAUACGACAGACUGGUCCGAGUGUUCGGCUACAUGCGGAACGGGAGCCCAGCGCAGGGAAGUUAAAUGCCUGGACUCGAAUCAGCUGCCAUCACAAGACUGCAAAGAGGAAGAUCGACCGCUGCUUCGACAGGCUUGCAAUGUCCGAACAACUUGCAACGAAGUGCCAGGCAAUGAGGACAGCACGAUGGAAGCACAGGACACACCGGUCAUUAGUGUAGAAAGUAACCGCAAUAACGAAACUGAAAUUCCUGAACCGGUGAAACCGAGGAAAGCAGCCAAACUUCCCAAAUCCAGCAGCACAAGGAUUGCCGAUAGUACCGUAACAAACGUGGUGACCGUAGCUCCGGCUAAUGGCGGCGAAGGAGUCACGCCAGAAGCCAGUGCAUCAGCAUCGGGAGAGGGUUGCUCAGACAAGUUCAAAAAUUGUCAUUUGGUUGUGCAAGCGAGAUUGUGCAAGUUGAAAUACUAUCUCGUUUCGUGUUGUGCUUCUUGCUCCAAACCGAAGACGUGAAUGGCGCCAAUCGAUAAUAAAAUGGGCUUUGGCAUACGACAAAAGAAGACAUAGAACGAAAGAAUUUAACGUGCUGUCGUCACACAUAACGAAAAAAAAAAAAAAAAUCCUGAUGCUCCUUUUUCUUUCCCUUGUUCCGCCAUCCUCUUUUUUUUUUUCCUCGAAUCAUUGUGAAUAUGAAAACAAGAACAAGGAAGCGAUUACCCUCUCCCCAAACUUUUUUAAUUUUAGAAAUCUUUUGUUCUGUUGUCGACUUUUGUGUUUUUUCUUUGUAUAUGUGGAUAAAUAAGGCCGUGAUUGCUGUCCGUUCAUCAAUUAUGGGAGUCUACUACGAACAAAAAGAAAAUUGGAAAUCGUGCGUGUCAGGUGGUGAAUUCGGUGCACAAUUAAAAUUAUCUUGCUUUUUUUUUUUUUGCGUGAAACAGCGACAGAUUGCUGGAAUCGAUUGCAUAAUAGUAUAUCCAGCCGGCCAGAGAAGCAAGACAAGUGCGAUGAAUAGUGCCAUACAAGGCGGACAAGACAAACUUUUAUGUUGCGUGACAAAUCCGACGGGAUUCACGCGAUGCGGCCAAUCGUGUACCACAUGCGGUGUUUCCUUGAUUGCUAUUUUCUGUGCCGCCUUGUUAUAAGCUUUGACGGUGAUGAGAAGAAGAAAUACUCGACGACGUGCUGGGCAGGAUCGAGUCGACUGGACCGACAACUGGCCGCUUAGUGGGACUACACUGGCAACUGUUUGAAACAAGAGGAGAAAUCAAUCAUUCAAAUAUACGUUCGUGUUCCAAUAAUUUCCUAACCAACUUAUUGUUCAUCGACACAAAGCGAUGCUCCCCUCUUCUCCCCCCUGAAAAAAAUAUGGCAAAAAAACUCGUGAUUCGAAAAGAACAAAAUUUUCGAUCUUUUGAGUUGAACUGCAUGUAAUUUUUUUGUUUGUUUGUUUGUUCCAUCGUUUCCUGUUUCCUGUACUAAUUCCACGAAAGAGAUGGCGGCUAAUCGGCACUUUGCUAUUCUUGGCAAAUGACACAUCACUUGCCCGACAUCUCCUGUUCACUCCCCUAACCGAAGUUGAUCUUUUUAUUUUUUUAUUUUUUUGUUUUUGGUUUUUUGGUUUUUAUUUUUUUUUUUUUUUUGGUUUUUUUUUUUGUAUGUUUUUUUUUUCGGUUUACUUCUCGUUUUCCAAGUGCUGAACUUUGUAUUUUGUAUUUAUUAGCUUUCAGGUAGAUUUAGCAAUGUGGAUUAUGCUGACAUUUAUUAUAACCCCGCCCGUUCUCUUUUUGUUUUUUUAAAUCCUCGAUACCAUUUUCACCAGACGCCAGUUCAUGUGUAUUAUUUGUACGACAUCAUUUUUUAUUUUAUUUCAAUUUUUUUUGCUUCUACAUGUCUCCGAUUGUAAAACUUACUGGAAAAAAAGCAAAGAAAAUCAACCAAACAAAACAAACUGAUUUUUUGAUGAUACAGAAAAAGCUUUCUCCGUGACUCCGCUCCCUAUUUCUUAAUGCAUCUUCCUCCUAAGGUAUGUUUUAAAUAAUUUUGAUUAUCGACAAUGGUUACUGUUAAUAUCAGAUGGAAAACCCUGAA